AUGGUUUACAUGUGUUUCUGUCGAAGUGAAAUGAAAACUUAUUUUAGCAAGGAAUAUCGAAUGGAUGAUGGAAUGGAAAUUAUUGAAUCAACAAAUAUUCAAACUAUCGAUUUACGAUCACGCAAUAAAGUGAUACCAUAUUUACCACGUUAUAUGAAACCAGGUCAACCUUGCGUCGUAUGUGGUGAUAAUGCUACCGGUUUACACUAUCGAGCGAUAACAUGCGAAGGUUGCAAAGGUUUUUUCCGACGAACAGUUCAGCAAAAAAUUGUUUACAAAUGCAAAGGUAUUGAACGAUGUGAAAUCAGUAAAACUUCACGAAAUGUUUGCCAAUUUUGUCGAUUUCAAAAAUGUAUACAAAAUGGGAUGACGAAAUCUUUGGUAUUAAAUGAACCGGAAAGGGUAGCAAAACGAAAAAUGAUAAAUGAUAAUCGUGAACGACGAAAACUGGAACAUUUGAGGAUAGCAUUAAGAUCUAAUUCAUUAGCUGAUAAGCAGGAAGAAUUUCAAGCACGAAUUGAUCAAGUGACUGCAAAUUAUUGUAAAAUUCUUGAUAACACAUUAGAGCAUAAAUUCAAAUCAGAUAUAAGAUCGGAACGAUUAUCUGAAUUGACAGCUUUAAUUAUUCAUCAAGUACGACAAUUUGCUGAAACAAUCGAAAUCUACGAUACUUUAAAACCAUCGGAACAAGAGGAAAUAAUUACGAAAAGUUGGCUGGUAGUAAAAAUUCUACAAAUUAUCCAUGAAUUCAAUCCCACAGAACGUUGUCUAAUGUUGGCCAAUGAUACAACUUAUAUAGCAGCUAAAGGUGAUUAUUCCACAUUGGAUUGUACGACAAAAAUUUUUGAAAAUUUAAUAAAUUUGGCUGCAAGCUUUGAUUGCAUGCAAUUGGAUAAUCGACAAUUGGCCCUAUUAUCAGCUUUGCUAAUUUACAAUCCUGAAAAUGUAAAAGAAUGUAAACAAAAAAUUAACAAAAUACACGUGGAAUUAUGGAAAUGUUUACAAAGCAUUAGUGAAAUGCAUGAUGAUGAUUCGAUCGAUCUAUUACAUUGGUCAAAUCUUCUUGUUCGAAUACCGUAUCUACUCCUAACUGUAUCCGAUAUGCAGGGUUUUUUUCGAGAUGCUAAUAAUAUUAAUGCAAUAGCAAAUAUUCUUCUUUUUAAAUUCUCAUAA